UUGAGACCGGACGGGUCGGGUCGCACCGACCGGGUUCUCGUCCAAGCCUCAGGGGCAGCAGAUCCGCGUCUUCUACAUAGUACGCGAGCGUCUGCCUAGACUCGACUCGAGAGGCCUCCAAGGACUAGGAGCUCCCUAAUAUUACCUUAGGUACAACAAGUUUCUUAUAGCUUAUCACUCCAACGACAUGGCGAUAUACGUGAAGAGAUUAGGGUGGCUCGCAAUCUUCGUUGUUAUUUGCUUUGUGCUUUUCUGGGGUCGGACACUUUAUGGGACGACAAGGCUCUCAGAACAAUUAUGUUCGAUCCUAAGGACGUGCGAGGAUGACACUUCGAAGUUCUCGGUUGAAAGUGACCCCAUUACGCUCGAGGGCUAUGGGAAAUUUACCGGAAGACCUGUAAAGACUACCUUAAGCGGUGUUGCGUUCUCUCACCCAGUUGAUGCUUGGCUCGGUAUCGAUUAUGCAACUCAACCCGUUGGCGAAGGCCGUUUCAAACCCGUCGACUGGCCACCUUCGUUUGACGGCGUGAGAGCAGCUACGACAUAUGGAAAGGCAUGUAUCCAAGACCCCAAAUAUGUGAACUUAGACGCUCAGGGCGAAGCUUGCCUCAAUUUCAAUGUGUACCGGACGCAGGGUGUUCCGUUGAGUAAAAAGCUUCCAGUUUUCAUUUAUAUUCACGGCGGUAGUUUCAACUUUGGGAGUAGUAAAAGCUUAGAUGGGGCUGCAUUCGUCGCGUCGUCCAAGGCGUCAAUAGUUGUGGUGAGUUUUCAUUACCGCCUCAACUCGCUUGGCUUUUUGCCGUCUGUCAUGUUCAGUCAGGAAGGCCUUCUCAACCUUGGCAUACGAGACCAGUAUUUCUUUUUGAGACAUUUCAUCCAAAAACAUAUCAGCUCUUUCGGAGGGGAUCCCGAAAACAUCACACUCGGCGGUCGUUCUGCUGGUGCUCAUUCUGUGGGCAUUCACCAAUUCCACAACUACGGUGAAGAUGCUGGGAAGCCAUAUUUUGCUAGAGUUAUCCUUCAGUCCGGAUCUGUCACCGCUCGGUCAUUUCCAAAUGCUAGCUAUCCUCUCUACGUCCGCCAAUUUGACGAGUAUAUGGCUUACCUCCAUUGUCCUACUAAUGACAAUGUAGCGGCUCUAGCUUGUUUACGUUCUGCCAAAGUCAAUGAUAUCAGAAAGAUUAGCAUAAAACUAUACGACGAUUCCCAAUACAACAUUACAUGGCCAUUCCAACCGACACAGGGCGGUCCACUACUAGAAAAACUUGGCUCACAGUCCGGUCUUGACGGAACUUUCUUCCAUGUGCCGACGCUUACAACUAGCGUCACAGAUGAGGGAAGAUUCGCCGUGCCAGGAGAUAUGCAAACAAACGACGAAUUCGUGAAUUACAUGCAUAUAACCUCCCCGCUCCUGACUGCCGACGAACUUAAGUCGCUGGUAAGCUUAUACCCAGAUCCCGUAGCAGAUGCUGCAUCUCCCUUCAAGAAUUCGCCGAGGGGAAAACAAUACGCCCGUGUAUCUGCGGCUUGGAGUGAUUAUGGAUAUAUCUGUCCCGGGCAGGAGACCGCGUAUAGAGUAUCUACUGCCGGCGUACCCACUUGGAAAGCUCGUUUCAAUACCAACAACAGCUACCCAGCUUGGCGCGGAAUUCCGCAUGCAGCUGACGCACGGUACACUUGGCCGGACCCUAAAGUACAGCACCCAGAGAUCGGCCAUGUGCACCACGGCUACCUAUCCAGCUUCGUUGCGACCGGUAAUCCGAACACGCACAGGUAUCCAGGUUCCCCUGAAUGGCCCAAGUAUGAGCCUGAGGGAUAUGGUCUCGAUUCUAAACCAGCACUCCAACUUGUCGUGCAACCCGGCGAUACAAAAGUCGAGCUAGAUGACAUUCGUCGCGAAGCGUGUCUCUUCUGGAGAGAUCCCAAAAGAGCACCCCGACUGAACAAGUGAUCUGAUAUCUGUUUGUUUAACUGUUAUAUAAUUAUAGACUUUUCCUACGCAGGCUUCCAUUCAGUCUAUCGUCUCUACAGGUAUAUAUACCUACCUUAGGUACCUGCUAUAGCGUUGGCCGACUCUAGCACGUGAUUUAAAGUUGCGAUAG